CAAGAUUGUAUUUGGUCAUGUGAUAGGCAGUGUGAUUAUUGUUAAAAGUCUGUUUAAAGUUUAGUUCACAAAGUCAAUGUCUCUUGUAAAAAACAAUUUGUUGGAUAAAUGACUGGAAUUGUGUACGUGACAUGGCGGGACAAGGAAAAAAGGCACACGAGUUAACAUCAUCUAUUUACUUAGGCUCAUAGGAGGAAACAGCGGUAUUUUGUCAACCAUGCGACCGAGAUGGGUCAAAACCUCUUGCCUAUGGUUACUGCGUAGAUUGCAAAGAACAUCUGUGUGAAUCUUGCUUUAAUCAUCACAAGAGGCAUACUCUCUCCAGGCACCAUACCCUUCUUGAUAAAGACAGCAUGCAACAAACUCUACAGCAGUCGUCAACACCGGGUUCUUCUAGCAUUUGCGACAUGGCGGUACAAGGGAAGAAGGCAAAAUCAUCAACACCUGAUCCUUCUAGCACUCCUGACAAUAUAAGUCAACAUUGCAUGAAACACAGUAAAGAACUUAUCAAAUUGUAUUGUCAUUAUCAUAAAGCACCUAUUUGUAAUGUAUGUCUUAGGUCGGAGCACACGAAUACUUCUUGCAAAUUUAACAACAUAUCGGACAUUUCUGAUCAAGUUAUUGAUAGUAAAGAAUUCCAAGAUAUCCUGAAAGCUAUGGAUAGUAUCACUGACAAAUGCCGAAAGUCAGAAGAAGAUAUGAAAGAAAUGACAGCAGAAUCUGACAGUUCUUUGGCAGACGUAAUAAAAGAUGUCAAGAACUUCAGACAGGAAUUAAACCAAAGGCUAGAAAAACUGGAAAGACAACUUGAAGAUACAGCAAAGGUCAUAAAACAAAAGAAUAACAAGAAUCUAAACACAGUCGCCGCAAUAUGCGGUGAAGUAAACAAAUCCCUGAAGACAUCAUCAGAUACCUUGAAACAUCUCAAUGCAUCAAAACAGGCAGACAGACUCUUCAUGGAAGUGAACUUUGCUGAGCAAAUGAUCAAAAAUUUUGAGAACAAAAUUCAGCAGCUAAAAGAGUAUGAUGUAAAGGUGUACAUAUUUAAGCCAAAUGAAGAAAUAUCCGAAUUUCUAAACGCAGAGAAUUUGUUGGGAACAUUAAGACAUAAAACAUUAAGGCAUUUUACUCCUCCUCAGACAUACGAAUUAAAAUCCAGAAAAGCUUCAUAUCAAGGAGAAAUUUCUGUAAAGACAUCGAAAGACAAACUCAGGUGCGGUAUAACAGGAAUGUGUCUCCUUGCCCCUGAUCGUCUUAUAAUCACUGACUUUGAUAACAAAGCUAUAAAAAUGAUUGGUAUCUGCAGCCAUUCUGUUAUUGACCAUUUACAACUGUUUACAAAUCCUCAUGAUAUAACGUCAGUUACGAGUUCUAUACUAGCUGCCACACUGCCCAACAAAAACACGAUUCAGUUUAUAUCAGCCUCCUCGAACAAACUCACAAUGAAACACUCUCUGAAAGUUGACAGACAUUGCUUUGGUAUAAGCUGUUGUCAUGAGAAACUUGUAGUGUCAUAUUUUUCUCCUGGAAAACUCCAAAUUCUUGAUAUCAAUGGCACUAUUCUAACAACGGUUCGUGAGGAAUAUGUUUUUGGUAGUCUUCAGUAUGUCGCAGCAAGCCAAACUGGUAUUUUUGUAUGUGACAACAUAAUGAAAAGAGUUGCAAGCUUAAACUGGCAGGGAGACGUGACCGGAGUGUAUCAAAGUGAGGGAAAGCCACAGGGAAUUGCUCUGUCCGAUGAUGGUACGGUCUAUGUGUGUGACAAGGAACAAGGUGUUAUAGAGGAGAUAUCAAGCGACUGUUGUGUAGGAAAGGCUGUGCUGAACGCCCUCAAGAAUCCACGUGCUGUCUGUUGGUGUUCUGAACAAAGUCUUCUAUACUUCAGCUGUUCUUCUGAGAAAAAGAAAUAUGACAACUAUCUUCAAAUCUACAAGCUGUCAUAAUCACUGUAUUUAAUAAAUGACUUCAUUCCCGCGUUCUGGAUAUAUCAGGCUAUACAAUUCGACAAUAAAACUGACAUGACUUUAAUAUGCAAAAAUUCUUUACACCUACCAUGUGUUGUUAAAGAGAUCUACUGAAAACUGUGCUAGCUAUGAACAAUUACUUCGUAAGCAAUCAUUAAUUAGAAGAUGAGAAACAUUAUGUGCUACAAGCAUGUUUCCUGAAAGGUCAUACCUGUACUGAAUUAAUGCAUUUUAUAUAUUUCAAUAUGUUUUUGUUUGGUUAUGGACAUUAUUUUCCCAAUUUUAUUAUUGUUGCUGGAAAAGUAAUGAAUGAUAAACUUUACUUUAGAAUAGACAUGAAUUUGUUUAUGUCGGUUUCAUACUGAGUUGUUGAGAGUCUGUUAAAUACUUCUACAUGCCGGUAUACAUCAUACUUGCAUAAAGAACGAUUUUGAUUGAAAUUAUCUAUUCGUUACCCUGUCGGGUAUUUCCGGUAAACAAAGGUAUUUUGAUGAUAUUUUAAAUAUGGACAACCAAUAUUUUUCAGAAAUUGUGAAAUAUAUUUACCCAAAAGAGUUACAGCUUAACAAGGCUAAUACUUCAGAUUUAGAAGCGUCAUUUUUUGGAUUUAAAUUUAGCAAUUGUGAAUAAUAAUCUAGAAACGAAAAUAUAUGAUAAAAGGGUCGAUUUUAAUUUUGAAAUUGUCAAUUUCCCUCAUCUCGAUGGAGAUGUCCCUCGAGCAACAUCAUACGGUGUCUGUAUUUCACAACUUAUUCGUUUUGCAAGAGCUUGCUCAAAGAUAGAUGAUUUUAAUGCCAGAAAUCUUCAUAUCACCAAGAAAUUGUUACAUUAUCAUAAGCUACGGAAAGCUUUUAGUAAAUUUUACUACUGUUAAACUGUUCAAAAAAUACAAUACGAACCUGAAGACACUUCUAAAACUUGGACUUACACACCCGGAAUACUACGGAGAUGUAGUUUAUAAAAUUUGGAAAAUUAAACAUAGUUCUUAAUUUAAUCAAAUAUUUGUAAAAUGGGUUAAAAAGUUUAUCAAAAGAGGAUACGAUGCGAAAAUCGUGAAGCACAGUGCAUGUUUAGUGAUUGAUCCCUCUACAGUUAAUUGCUACUCUUUCCUAUUUGAUGGUGCGAUGACUAAUAAAGUGUAAGACUCCAUGAUGCUUUUCUCCUAACUCCUAUAUACAACGGACGAGGGAGUUGAUUUUUGUCUUACAGUUUUCUUAGUCGUGCCCUUAAGAGUUAGGCUCUUGUUGCUCUUACUUCAGACAAGUUGUUGAGUACUUUGGUGUAAUUAUACCUUAGAAUUACCUUAAUUUUAUUUUCUUUAUUUAUCUGUUAUUUUUGCACUAAUGUUAGAGCCUUUCUCAGCGGGGAUUUUAUUUACAUUGUGUUGUCUAACUUGUUGAAGAUAGGGUAAGUGCGAGGUUGGCAUGCCCUUAACGCGUUUAAAGCCCCAGUUUCCUUUAUAUAGGUUACUGACCGUUCCAAGGCGGUGCCCCUAUUUUCAACUGGUUUGUCUUGGCAGCCGGAAUCCUAGGACGGUACACGGUUGUUUUUUUUCUAUUUGUGUGGGUGCGUUUGUUUGCUUGUUAGUCUAUAACGGUGCCCUACUGUUUUCUUAUGUGUUGCUUGUUCGUUUUUCUGUGUUAUUCAGUUAGUCGUGGUUGUAUGUUUAUCUUUGGUACACAAGUGGUUGCGCAAUCGUGGUGUACGUUGUAGUGUGACUGUUAUUAAGGAACGUGGCAUUCCCUUUGUACAUUCGUCCCCCGCAACCCAAUUUUGCCUCUUACUAUUUCCUUCUCCUCCAUCUAUAUUUAGCAUAGAUUAAUAUGUACUUGUUGGAUAUUUGAAGCAACCCGUCUAAAAUAUUUUUCCAUUACGUACAGCUUCUUUUUAUUGUGGGCCUACUAUGCAAAUGUGUGGUUCUGUGGCUGUGUUUUUGGUGCUCUGUUCUUCCGAGAAAUCUACUCUUACCUCUUAUCUUUUAUACGUUUUCUCGGUUUUGUAGUUUAUGCUGCUAUUUUAUGCAGGUUUAUAAAAAUUGAUUAGCGGCACAGGAAAUUUGUAUAUGGAAAUUUGUUGCAUAGUUUUGCAAAAGGAAUCUGCGAAAAAAUAUGUUACCUAUUUUAUAAAUAUUAAAAUACGAUUUUGAAAACGGUAAGCUAGACUAAUGAAACUUGUUAUUAACGCUAAAGUAUAGCUUAUCACUGAAAAUGCCAUCAACAUAUGAGCCGCGCCAUGAGAAAACCAACAUAGUGGGUUUGCAACCAGCAUGGAUCCAGACCAGCCUGCGCAUCCGCGCGCAGUCUGAUCAGGAUCUAUGCUGUUCACUUUCAAAGCCUGAAGCAAUUAGAGAAACCGUUAGCGAACAGUAUGGAUCCUGACCAGACUGCGCGGGUACGCAGGCUGGUCUGGAUCCAUGCUGGUCGCAAACCCACUAUGUUGGUUUUCUCAUGGCGCGGCUCAUAUUUACAAAUUAUCAAAAAGCUUGAAAGGCUCUACAGGUCUAUCAUGAAAUAAAUAUGGAAAAUGUUAGUAAUUGAGAAUUUCAAGCUGAAAUAUUAAAAUAGUAUAUCUUGAAAAUAUGCAAUGAUUUCUCACAAAUUUGUCCGAUAUAUUCCAUUUGACACAAGUUUAUUCUGUCUCUUUGAUAAAACAAAAACUCAGAUUUUAUUUUUAUACUUGUUCAUUCCUUUUUGUUUCUUAUAGAAAAAGCGCCCUUUUAUAUCAAAGUUUUUCUUGUCCGUUAUGCAUGUUAUAUGUAAAUGAAUAGUACAAUAUUAUUAAAAUUAUUCAACGAGAACAUAAUCUUUUCUGUUUAUUGCCAAAUAAGGGGUAGCGAUACAUUAUGGAUAGAACGGUUGGCAGACUUCACCCUCAAGACUGUUUCUCCUAAGACUUUUCACCCCAAAAAUGUGGGGUGAAAAGUCUGAUGU